CCUUCUCCGUCAAGAAGUGAUCGGGUCGAAGAAAGAACCCCCAUCUUUUCUUCCUCUUCGUCUCUCGCAAAGAAGAAGGCGACGUCAUUUCAUCGAACAUGUCGGACAGCGGCGUGGUUACGGUUUACGGCAACGGCGCCGCCCUCUUGGAGCCGAAGAAGUCGUCCACCUUCUCGGUGAAGGUGGGGCUGGCGCAGAUGCUGCGGGGCGGCGUCAUCAUGGACGUGGUCACCCCCGAGCAAGCGCGCGUCGCGGAGGAGGCCGGCGCCUGUGCCGUAAUGGCGCUCGAGCGCGUCCCCGCCGACAUCCGCGCCCAGGGCGGCGUCGCCCGCAUGUCCGACCCCGGCCUCAUCAAAGAGAUCAAGCGCGCCGUCACCAUCCCCGUCAUGGCCAAGGCCCGGAUCGGCCACUUCGUCGAGGCCCAGAUCCUCGAGGCCAUCGGGGUCGACUACGUGGACGAGAGCGAGGUCCUCACCCCCGCCGACGACCAGCACCACAUCAACAAGCACAACUUCCGCGUGCCCUUCGUCUGCGGCUGCCGCGACCUCGGUGAGGCCCUCCGCCGCAUCCGCGAGGGCGCCGCCAUGAUCCGCACCAAGGGCGAGGCCGGCACCGGCAACAUCAUCGAGGCCGUCCGUCACGUCCGCUCCGUCAUGGGCGACAUCCGCGCCCUCCGCAACAUGGACGACGACGAGGUCUUCACCUUCGCCAAGCGCAUCGCUGCGCCCUAUGACCUCGUCAUGCAGACCAAGCAGCUCGGCAGGCUGCCCGUCGUCCACUUCGCGGCCGGUGGGGUGGCCACCCCGGCCGAUGCAGCCCUCAUGAUGCAGCUCGGCUGCGACGGCGUGUUCGUCGGUUCCGGAAUCUUCAAGAGCGGCGACCCUGCGCGCAGGGCCAGGGCCAUCGUGCAGGCUGUCACCCAUUACAGCGAUCCAGAGAUCCUGGCGGAGGUGAGCUGCGGCCUGGGGGAGGCCAUGGUGGGGAUCAAUCUCAACGAUGCCAAGGUCGAGAGGUUUGCCACACGCUCGGAGUAGAAGGCAAGCACAGAAACAAUCGGCCGUUUUCUCUUCGUUUCACAAUUGGAUCGUUUCUUUACUGAAUCAAAAUAGCUUCUCAUGAAUUGCUUGCUUUAUUAUAAGCAGUUUAAACAUUCUGCACUUAAAUCUAUAGGUUUUGUCUGCUCUUAUUUCCACGUAGGUUUGUUUGCUUCUAUUUGAAUGAUUUCUGUGGCUUAAUAAUGCAUUUUAAGGCCAUUAAGGGGCCUAAUUUCCUAA